AGGUGCGUAUUCCAGGUAAUGGCAUGAAAGAGUGUGAGACCAAACCAAUAACUUGUUCAAACUUCAAACUUCUUUUUCUUUCUCCAGCACUAUAAUUUAAGUAUUACUUAUGUCAUUUUCAUCACUGAUUGAUCAAUUGUUUUAUUUGCAUCUACAAAAAAGUAAGACAACCCCAACGUGCUUCAAAGUUUCUGCUCAUUGUUUCCUUCUCUUCCCCCUGUUUUCUUGUCCAUCACCAAAUCUACUUCCUCUGUAGCUGAUGAAAUGGGAUUGUUGACACCAAAAACACUCACCAUUUUCAUAUUUCUUUGCUGUCUUCAAGUCAAACUUCAAGCCAAAAAACUAGAACAUUUCAACAAAGUAUAUCCAUCUUUUGAUGAAACUUUCUUUGACAUCUUUGAAGUUGAAAAGCCUGCAACAAUAAGCAACGCUGCUUUGCAGGUAACCCCUGAUUCUGCUUCAUCUGAUUUCAACCUCAAUAAUAACUCAGGAAGAAUACUCUUUAAGAAACCUUUUAAGCUUUGGGAUGGUGAUGUUUCUGAUAAUAAAACAAGAGUUGCAUCUUUCAACUCUUCUUUUCUUGUCAACAUAUACAGGCCAAAUAAUGAAACUGCUGCUGAAGGUUUAGCAUUCUUGAUUUCACCAGAUUUAGAUAAGCCACCUAAUAGUCAAGGUCAGUAUUUGGGGUUGACAAAUGCUACUACUGAUGGCAAAUCUAGUAACAAAGUUAUUGCUGUUGAGCUUGAUACUUUCAAACAGAACUUUGACCCUGAUGAUAAUCAUAUUGGUAUUGAUCUACACAGUGUUAGAUCUGUAAAGUAUGAAUCUUUAUCAUCCCAUGGUAUAGAACUUGCUCCUAUUGGUGCAAGAUUCUAUAAUGUUUGGGUACAAUAUGAUGGAAUCAACAUGGUUCUUGAUGUUUAUAUUGCUGAACAAGCAGAGAAAAAUGGGUCUACACCACCUUUGCCAAACAAGCCCAUCUUAACAUAUAAUCUUGAUUUAAGAGACCACGUAAAUCAAGAAUCAUAUUUUGGGUUUUCUGCAUCAACUGGGAGUAAUUACCAACUCAACUGUGUGUUGAGAUGGAACAUAACAGUUGAGUAUUUCCCUGAUAAAAAACAUCCAUGGUUGAAAGUUGGUUUAGGUGUUGGGAUUCCAGUACUGGUGCUAUUGCUUCUUGGAGCAGCAUAUAUAGGGUAUUAUUACAACAAGAGAAGAAUUGACAGGUCACAGUCAAAUAUUUUGGGUGCACUAAAAAGUUUGCCUGGAACCCCACAAGAGUAUAAGUUCAAGGCAUUGAAGAAAGCUACCAAUAAUUUUGAUGAAAAGAAUAAGCUGGGGCAAGGGGGAUAUGGAGUUGUUUACAGAGGAAUUUUAGCUGGCGAGGAUAAUAAAGAUAUUGCAGUCAAGUGGUUUUCUAGGGAAAGCAUCAAAGGUGAAGAUGAUUUCUUGGCUGAGCUUACUAUUAUCAAUCGUCUCAGGCAUAAACAUCUUGUCAAAUUGCUAGGAUGGUGUCACAAGAAUGGAAAGCUACUGCUUGUAUAUGAAUACAUGCCUAAUGGCAGCCUAGAUAUGCACCUGUUUGCGGGACCAGAUAAACAGCCGCUGAGCUGGCACGUCCGCUACAAGAUUGUGCAAGGUGUCGCCUCAGCAUUGUCCUAUCUGCAUAAUGAGUACGAGCAGAGGGUGGUCCACCGCGAUCUAAAGGCAAGUAACAUCAUGCUCGAUUCCAAGUUCAAUGCGCGCCUUGGGGAUUUUGGCCUUGCACGAGCCCUUGACAAUGAGAGGACCUCUUAUGCUGAGGCAGAAGGAGUACUUGGCACAAUGGGAUACAUAGCACCAGAGUGUUUCCACACGGGGAAAGCCACCCAGCAAUCUGAUGUGUACGCGUUCGGGGCAGUGUUGUUGGAAGUUGUAUGUGGCCAGAGACCUGGAACCAAGGUUAAUGGCUUUCAAUUCUUUGUUGAUUGGGUUUGGUACUUGCAUCGCGAUGGACGUAUCUUAGAAGCUGUUGAUCAAAGGCUUGGAAAUGACUAUGUUGCUGAAGAAGCAAAGAAACUUCUACUGCUUGGUUUGGCUUGUUCACAUCCAAUAGCUAGUGAUAGGCCUAAAACACAGGCCAUAGUUCAGAUUAUAUCAGGGUCAGCACCAGCACCAGAAGUUCCACCAUUCAAGCCAGCCUUUGUAUGGCCAUCAAUGAUGCCAAUUGACAUAGACUCAAGUGUUAUGGACACAACAUCCAUUACUACUUCUCACUUCAAUUCUGGAUGGAGUCUUGAUUAUCAAAGCAGGGAGAGCCCAUCAUAUGCAGACCACUCUUUGGUGUAGUUACUUUGGUACAACAACUAUUACCAAAAGGAAAAAAAUGAUUUUUUUGGCCGUCUAUUUUUUUUUUAUUUACUGUAAUUAUGUUUGCUGGGAAGGUAAAACAUUUCCUUAAGUUUUUUACAUUUUGGUUUGAUGUUUUUUUGUCACUUCAAUUUAUGGGGCAGGAUCAGAAGAUCAGAACAGCCCAUGUACAUUCAUAAAACUCAUUAGUGUUACAUUAUGUCAUA